AUGAGAAAUCAGAGUAACGUUCCCACGAGCACCCUGGCCAACCGCAGGGAGCCUUUCGGCCUGGCCUUUCCAUGCCUCCUCCGCCGAGGUGGGCCCGAGACCUCUGAGGGGCGUGGCGCCCACCCGUGCCCAGGACUGAGCCAUCAGGGACAGACGCCCCGCCCCAAGGCUGCAGCCGCACAGGGUUACAGGCUUGGGGCCGGGGCAGACUCGGACUCAGCCCUGAUGCUCCGGGGCCAACCCACCCCUCCCCGCCCCCACCCGACGGGUGGCCUGCCUGAGUCUCUGCCCUCCUCCCACAUCACACUUGGGGGGUCUGAGCCACCCCCCUCAGCCCCACUCGGCUCAGCUUGA